CAACGGUUGGGAGCGUUCAAAGCAAAGCUACCGGGAAUCUAUUGAUCAUUGAACCCCACCGAGUCGAGUCCAGGGCCACAAUUUCAGCUUCGAGCAUUUGAGACCAUUUCUGGUGUUUUAGGGUUUGGUCAGAGAGAAAGAGAGAUGGGAGGCGGCCAUGGAGGUAACACCACUUACAAAGGUGUAACUUUGCAUCACCCAAAGAGAUGGCAUACCGUCACAGGCAAGGGCUUAUGCGCUGUCAUGUGGUUUUGGGUCCUCUAUAGGGCUAAGCAAGAUGGUCCUGUAGUGUUGGGUUGGCGACACCCGUGGGAAGGCCAUGAUGACCAUUCUCAUGGCCAUGGAGACAAGCAUUAGCUGCAGCCUGAAGAAGAUAAUCUGUUUAUGGACAACCGGUGCAGAUGCUGUUCUGAAUGUGUUCUGUUAAUUUUCGUCGGUUUAAAUAAAGUGAACGUGAAAUGGGAUUGUGAUCAUAAUGAGUUGUAAACUGAAACUCCGUUAUGCAUUAUGUUUUUUUUUUCCUUCU